AUGAAGAAGCUGGCCUUUGCUCUGGUGGUGUCAGCCAGACACCUAAGACCAUACUUCCAACCACGCAUCAUUCAUGUCAUAACCAACCAAUUACUAAGACAGGUAUUGCAGAAGCCAGAGACUUCUGGCAGGUUGGUUAAGUGGGCUAUUGAGUUGGGUGAAUUUGAUAUUCACUAUAAACACCGCCCGGCUACAAAAGGUCAGUCCAACGGCCAGGUUGAAGUCGUGAAUAAGAUCAUCAAGAAGACCCUGAAGACCAAGUUUGAUAAAGCCAAGGGUUGUUGGCCAGAGCUACUCCUAGAGGUUCUCUGGUCCUACUGCACUACCUUCCGUACCUCAACAAGAGAAACAUCGUUCUCUCUUUCCUUUGGUACCAAAACUGUGGCACCAGUAGAGAUUGGCCAGCCCAUAUACCGAACCUUCACUUAUGAUACCGAAGCCAAUGACGAGCAGUUAGCCCUGAACCUAGACUUCAUUGACGAGCUUCGUGACCAAUCCAACAUGCGCAAUGUCGUGUACAAACAGCGUAUCGCUAAGUACUAUGACUCUCGAGUCAAACCCUGUGCUUUCAAGAUUAGGGACUGGGUCAUGGGCAAGGUUUCCUUGGCCACCAAGAACCCUGUUGAAGGUACCUUGGGUCAUAUAUGGGAAAGUCCUUAUGAGAUUACCAAAGUCUGCCGCCUCGACACUUAUCAACUUCGUGAUCCCAAGGACAAGACUUUGCCUCAUCCUUGGAAUGCUGAUCACCUCAAGUACUACUAUAAGUAA